UUAAAGGAGUUUCAAAGUAACUUCUGCUCAAGACAGUUCAAGUUCAGUGGAGGAACGAGCAACACCACAUCGUCAUUAUUCAUGCAGUAAGUCGGUAAAGGACAAUGGCUUCUGACAACAAAAAAGGAGUCCAGAUGAGCAGCAGUGUUGACGUGAAAGCUGAAACAGGAGCAACUGUAAACGCUCCUGUAUUUGCUGGAAACACCAUCACAGCCCCAGUGACCUUCAACUACAGCUCAAGCACUGCGGGAAAUGAGCCACAAAAAACCUUGGCGAAGGAGAAAACAGAGAAACAAUUAAAAGAGGAUUUGCAAAAGUUUUUGCAAAAACACAAAACCAGCAUGGAGAAGAAAGCUAAAUGUAUUUCUGAGGGCAACAGGAAAACUACAGCAGAUCUCAAAGCGGUUUACACAGACCUGUUCAUCACAGAGGGAGAUAUGGAAGAGGUCAAUCAGGAACAUGAGGUUCUGAAGAUUGAUGAUGCUUUCAAGAACAAACAAACACAGGACAAACCAAUCAAAUGCAAUGAUAUUUUUACCAAAUUGAAGAAAACCGAUGAGAAAAAGAUUGUGCUGACAAAGGGCGUCGCUGGCAUUGGAAAAACUGUCUCUGUGCAGAAGUUCAUCCUGGACUGGGCUGAAGGAAAAGCCAAUCAGAAUAUAGACUGUGUGUUCCUGCUCCCAUUCAGAGAGAUUAAUUUGAUGAAAGAUGAAGAGUUUAGUCUCCAUAAGCUUCUGCUGGAAUUUUAUUCUGAACUGAAGGACCUGGAGGAAUCAAAGUUAUAUAAGGGAUGCAAGCUAGCAUUUAUAUUUGAUGGACUUGACGAGAGUCGGUUGCCUUUGGAUUUUGAAAAUAAUAGAUCAUUAAACACCGUUGAGAAAGAGUCAUCUGUAGACGUGCUGUUUACAAGUCUGGUCAAAGGGACUCUGCUUCCAUCAGCUCUCGUCUGGGUGACCUCACGACCAGCAGCAGCCAAUCAGAUCCCUCCUCGGCAUGUGGGUUUGUUCACAGAGGUGAGAGGAUUCACUGACCCGCAGAAGGAGGAAUACUUCAGAAAGAGAUUCCCAGAUGAGACUGUGUCCUCCAGAAUCAUCUCACACAUUAAGACGUCUCGUACUCUCUACAUCAUGUGCCACAUUCCCGUCUUCUGCUGGAUCACGGCCAAAGUCCUUCACAAUAUUCUCAUCAGGAACAAUACAGAGAAUAUCAGCACAACACUCACUGAAAUGUACAUUCACUUCCUGAAGAUACAGAUGAACAUGAAGAGCCAGAAGUACGAUAGAAAAACAGAAAGAGAACAAACAAAGCUCUUACAGUCAAACAGAAACAUUAUAUUAAAGUUGGCCAAGCUAGCGUUUGAACAGCUGAAGGAGGAAAACGUUGUGUUCUAUGAGAAAGAUCUGAAAUCAUGUGGUAUUGAUGUGAGUAAAGACUCUGAGUUCACAGGAAUGAUCGCUGAGAUCUUUAAGGAGGAAGACGGACUUCAUGAGUCAAAGAUCUUCUGCUUUACACAUCUGAGUGUCCAAGAGUUUCUUGCUGCAGUGCAUGUGUUCCUCUGUUACCUGAACAAGAACAUGCAGGAGCUUCAAUUCUUCUUUCAUGAGCCCAAAGAGGAUAUCACAUUACAUGAGCUACUGCAAGAGGCUGUUGGUAAAGCCAUGAAGAGUAAGAGAGGACAUCUGGACCUCUUCCUGCGGUUUCUGAUGGGCAUUUCACUGGAAUCCAGUCAGAAACUGCUCAAAGGCCUGAUCACAGACACUGAAGACGAGACAGACACUGAAGACACCACAGAGAGCAUCAGACGAACAACUGAAUACAUUAAACAAAGACUAGAACAGUACAUCUCAGAGGAGGCUUCAGUCAACCUAUUUUACUGCUUACUUGAGCUGAAAGAUAAUUCAUUAUAUGAGGAAAUCCAGAGAUACCUCGGUCCAGAUGAAGAUCCAGGAAGAAAACUCUCCUUUUCAAUGUGCACAGUGCUGGUCUACACACUGCUGAUUUCAGAGAAGGUGCUGGACGAGUUCGACCCAAAGAGGUUCACUUCAUCAUCAGCAGACUACGAGAGACUCAUUCCAGCUGUGAGAUGCUGCAGAAAAGCCCUGUGA